CGUUGCAAUGACGUCUUCCGGCACGGUGUCGCUGUUUGAAUUGAAACACGAGUUAAAUGCGUUUAAAAUACUCACGACAGAUCCUAGUGACCUGAAAUAAAGUUUUGCUAUUUAUCACGUUAGACUUAAACACCUUUUGGAUAUCUUUAAUCGGCAAACGCUAUGGAUAACUGUGCGGUUUUCACCUACACUGACGAGGAUUUCGUAAAUGUUUCGAGUAAGUCCAGGUUUGACAUCGCUUUGCGGUCCGGAUGGACGGAGAAAAUGAACUCCGGGCUGUUCCGAUACCACCUGGGUGACCUGGAUACGCGGAUCCUUCCCGGUCCGUGUGGCUUCGUGGCUCAGCUGAACAUCCUGAGAGGCGUCGAGCGACGAAAACCGCAGGAGAUCGUCAGCAUCCGACAGAACUUCGAUCCGAAUCAGUUUAAUUUCAACAAGAUCAACCCGAAAGAGCUUCUGUUUGAACUACAGAAAGUUAUCACUGAAAGCGACCAAAAUGGCAGAAAUAAAAAGUGCAAAAUCAUUAUCAACGUCAGCCCUUUAGAAUUCGGCCACUGUCUGCUCGUUCCCGAACCGGACCGUUGUCACCCGCAAAUACUGACCCCAUUGGCGGUCCAAAUAGGCAUCGAGACCGUUCUGCUAAGUGCUGAUCCAGGUUUCAGAGUUGGGUUCAAUAGCCUGGGUGGAUUUGCUUCUGUAAACCAUCUACAUCUCCAUGGUUACUAUCUCGACCACCAAAUGAGGCUUGAAAGCUCCCCAGCAGAACUGAUUCACCCCCAAAAUCACUUGUACCGCCUGGUCGACUUUCCAACCGGGUUUCUCUUUUACACCCAGGGUCCAGAUCUCACACUGACAGUCAACGCUGUAUGUAAACUGACUGAUAUAAUGGUUGAUAAGAACAUAGCACACAACCUCUUCAUCACCCGAGGUUGCCCUCCAAACAAGGCGGGUGACCCGUUUUCAGCCCGAAAUGGGGUGAGGGUCGUCAUUUGGCCCAGAUUGUCCUGUUUCGGGGCGAAGGAAGAGUCUGCUUUUAAUGUCGCUCUGUGUGAGCUCGCAGGUCACCUCCCUUUUAAGAACAGAAAGGACUAUGAAACAGUUACAGAGGAGGAAGUUAAAGAAAUCAUCAGGAAAUAUCUGUUGCCCGAAGAAGAAUUCAGUGAAUUGCAAAAUCAUAUCAUGAAAACGUUUUAGCCUAAAGAAUAGAUCUUGAAAUGGGGUUUACGUUGAUUUAAAAUCUUGAAUAUCCUAUAAAAACAACAUACGCAACUGCACAAUCUAUUUAAAAUGUACUGCAAUUUUUCAUAAUUAAACGUUUGUUUUUGGGGUGUUGAAAAUUAGUAAAGCUUUUUAAAAGUGACGAAGAAAAGGAUUGAAAUGUGGCAGAAUGUUUUGCUCUGAAAAUUACUUGGAUUAAAAUCUGUGGGGAAGAAUGAGA